GGGCAUUGAGAAGAAGGGCACAGGCAGAAAGUCAAGUGAAAAGAAACUUCUUCAGAUAUGAGCUGUAUUCUCCAGACAGCUUUUUAGUAACUUGCCCAAUAAUUUUAUUUAUUUUACAGUUUCUUCUAAAGUAAUUAACCAUUUUUUUAAAAGAUAACUGUGAUAAUGAAGCUGAGUGUGGGGAUAUUUUUUGGAGGCUUCUUUGCAGCUCUGGGGGUUUUGCUUUUUUUGGUGGCAUUUGGAACUGAUUAUUGGCUUCUUGCUACAGAAAUAGGAAGGUGUUCAAAAGCACCUGAAGAUGCUAGGGGAGAGAAAGCCACUUUCCAUCAUGAAGGUUUCUUCUGGAGGUGCUGGUUUAGUGGAAAUGUAGGAGAGAAUAAUACCAGCAUGUGGAAUUUCUGGUAUAUUAACCAGUCACCCUCUAAGAAUUGUACACACGCUUACCUGUCACCAUUUCCUCUUAUCCGAGGUGAACACAACUCAACCUCCUAUGACUCUGCAAUCAUUUAUCGAGGUUUCUGGACAGUUCUUAUGCUCCUGGGAGUGCUCACUAUUGUGAUGGCUAGUUUCUUCAUCAUCUGUGCAGCUCCUUUUGCCAGCCACAUUCUGUACAAAGCAGGAGGAGGCUUUUUCAUCAUUGCUGGUGUCUUGUUUUCGCUGGUGGUCGUGAUGUACGUCAUCUGGGUCCAGGCGAUGGCUGAUCUGGAAAACUACACAAACAUGAAAAAAAUGGAUUGCCCAGACUUUGCUGUUUAUGUACGUUAUGGCUGGGGGUUUUUUGUUGUCUCCUCUAGAGGAAUUUUAAAAAAAAUGCUGUUCUUGUUGGUAGGACGUGCCAUUUAUUUACACUCAGACUAG